GUACAUACUAUAUGAGUUGUCAAAAUGAUUUCAGGCUCAAUCCUUCGAUAGUCCUUUAUAACCUCGGUCAUCGCAUGAUCUUCUCAAUAAACUUGGGCUGAUUCUUCUCGUUAUUAACAGCACUAACACGAGUGCCGAGUUGUCUGUUCCCAGAAUCGCAUACAGUCGCAAGAAUCAACCAAAAUGGUUCAAUAUCCAUUUCCGAUACCGGAUGGGUCGCCAUUCCCUAUAUUGAACAUUCCCUUCGGCAUCUUUCACACUGUGGAUAAUUCUGAUCCGCGGCCAGGUACUGCGGUUGGUGAUCAUGUUUUAGACCUUAGAAUCCUCAUCCAGAACGGACUGCCUGUAGAUGAGUCUGUGAAUGAAGCACUGGCAUCGUCCACACUGAAUGACUUUGCUACGCUGGCGGUUGAUGUACGCAACUCCCUCCGGAAGUCUAUUCAAGAAGCCCUGCGAGAUGAGUCCUCUAUCGUGUACCGAGAGGAUGCCGGCAUCAUCGCAGCCGACCAAGUCACCAUGCAUGUCCCAAUGAAAAUUGGCGGCUUUACGGACUUUAUGUGCUCACUGGAACACGUCCAAACUAUGGGCCGUAUGGCAGGAUACAAUGAAGUCCCUCAAAACUUCUUCGAUCUACCAGCAGCAUACAACGGCAGAGCAUCAUCCGUCAUUGCCAGUGGCCAGAACGUCACCAGACCUCACGGUAGCAUUCCCGGACCCAAUGGUGCAACGUAUGCUCCCAGCCAGAAGUUCGAUUUCGAGCUCGAAAUGGGCGUUUUUAUCUCUAACCCUAUCAAAUAUGGUGAACCGACUCCCGCGUCUAGAGCUCGUGACCAUGUUUUUGGGUUCGUUCUUCUGAAUGACUGGAGUGCGAGAGAUAUCCAAUUCUAUGAGAUGGCUCCAUUGGGACCAUUUAAUGGAAAAGCUACAGCGACGAGUAUUUCGCCUUGGAUCGUGACAGUUGAGGCGUUGGAGGAGGCUGGUGCACUACUAACUACCGAAAAUCUGGGUCUGAGAGGAGGAAAGAACACGACCAUUCCGUUUCUUCGAUGUCAAGACGAUGUCGCAGUAAGGGUUUCUACAUCAUUGUCCCGGAACGGAGUGACCGAAGACCUGCUCGGAAAGUCUGAUCUGAAGCACCUCCACUGGUCUCCAUUUCAGAUGGUAGCUCACCACAGUAGCUCUGGAUGCGGUCUAGACACGGGUGACUUACUCGGCACUGGUACCCUCUCUUCUAGCACCGACCAGAUCAAAGACUUUGGAAGUGAUCAUGACGUGAUUCGUAGGUCAGGUUGUUUGGCGGAGCUCGUUCUAGGUGGCACUAGGCCUUUCACUCUAUCUAAUGGGUCUGAAUUGGUUUGGUUGGAAGACGGUGAUACUGUUAGUAUGGAAGGAUGGGCUGGCUCGGGAGAUCGUGUAAUCGGAUUCGGAAAGGUAUCUGCCAAAAUAUUGCCUGCCAAUGAAUUCCCUUGAUGCGCUUUAUGAGGCACUAGGCUAUGUGUAGAUAUAUAUACAUGAUGACUUCAUGCCAUUUGUGAAGAGAAACCUGUCAACAGAUCCA